AUGAGAGAAGGCAACCAGUCUUCUAAUGUGGAGUUCAUUCUCCUUGGAAUUAGUGGUCAGCAAGAACAAGAAUAUGUCUUCUUUAUCUUCUUCCUGUUCAUUUAUCCCAUCACGUUAAUUGGGAACCUGCUCAUCAUCUUGGCUAUUCGCUCUGACACUCGCCUUCACAACCCGAUGUAUUUUCUCCUUGCCAACCUCUCCUUUGUUGACAUCUUCUUCUCCUCUGUAACUAUCCCUAAGAUGUUGGUCAACCAUAUUUUGGACAGCAAGACCAUCUCCUUUGAGGGAUGUCUAACGCAGAUGUGCUUCAUGUUAGCCUUGGGUAACACAGACAGUUAUAUCUUGGCAGCUAUGGCAUAUGAUCGUGCUGUGGCCAUCAGCCGCCCACUUCAUUACACAACAAUUAUGAGCCCAAGGUCUUGUGUCCUGCUAGUUGUUGGUUCUUGGGUGAUUGGAAACUCCAAUGCCAUCCCCCACACUCUGCUUACAGCUAGGCUGUCUUUCUGUGGAAAUCGUGAAGUAGCCAACUUCUACUGUGACAUUGCUUCUUUGCUCAAGUUGUCCUGUUCUGACAUUCAAUAUAAUGUGAAGAUGAUGCACCUAGGGGUUGGUGUUUUCUCUGUGCCAUUAAUAUGCAUCACCAUUUCCUAUAUUCGGGUCUUUUCCACAGUCUUGAAGGUUCCAUCCACAAAGGGUGUGCGCAAAGCUUUCUCCACCUGUGGCUCCCACCUCACAGUUGUUUCUCUGUAUUAUGGGACAGUCAUGGGCAUGUAUUUCCGCCCUCUGACCAGUUAUACCCUAAAGGAUGCAGUGAUAACUGUGAUGUACAUUGCAGUGACCCCGAUGUUAAAUCCUUUUAUCUAUAGUCUGAGAAAUAAAGAUAUGAAGGCUGCCCUGGGGAAGCUGUUCAGCAAGAGAAUCUCCUCAUAA